AUGGACAAUACGUCCUUUCCGUCCAUGCUGGACACCAAAGGGAAGAUACUACCAAACUCACAACUUCUCAGAUGGAAAGAUUGGUUUUCACGCUAUAAAUUCACAGUAAGACACAUCAAAGGAAACCACAACACCAUAGCUGACUACCUUUCCAGACCAACCAAAGAACUUCCACCCAAAGUUCUUCACAUCCUAGCCAUGAAUAGAGCUUCACCACCAACCUUCCCUCUUCCAGACUGCCCUCAAGACCACAAGUUCUAUAGAAGAGAACCUGGACCGUUUCCUUUUUCCCUUCGACCUAGGACUGCUGCUGAGGUCAAGACCCUAGCUGAACAAUGCCUGUUUUACUGGUUACACAGGCUCCUCCUUGUUACCCAAAUCACAGCAAAACCUCAACACUUUCACCCAAAAACACCUUAUCAUAUAAUACCCACCAUCAAAGGUGAAAUUCCUGAAGAAAUGCUGUGGUUCAUGUGGGCGCUCUCUGUUCAGUACGAUUGCGCCAUCAUAGUUCCUGGAAUUGCUAUGUACAGAUUUCUCUGUGACAAAAGCUUCUCAGGAACAAAUCUUGAGAAACUUCUCAAGAUGUUUGCACCUAUUCCAUUUUGGAGAGGAAAACUCUUCAGUGCACUAACAGACCAUGACGUUUGGAACAUCCCUGGUAAGCUGAGACACAGGUUUUAUUAUGCCUUUGUCUUAAGAAGGCUAUUUGCUUAUCGUCAAGAGGUCCUCUACACCAGAAACAACAUCAACAUUGUUGGUUAUUCAAAGAUAUGGCCAACAGAUGAGAAACACUGUCUCAAUAAUCUGGCCAAACAUCUCACCUUCCACAACAAUCCUAAUGUUGAUGUAAUCACAGAAGCCAUUGAAGGACUCUCACUUUCAUCAGAAGAAGAAGCUUCCUCCUCCAGGACUGUACAGGAAGAAUUAAGAGAAUUCCAAGCCAACUUCUUUGCUUCAUCUGUAACUUAUCCUACACCACCACUCUACCAGAAUGAACACCCAUGGAAUUCUCCUCUUCAAGAUCAAGCCAUCUAUGGCUAUGGAAACAUUGAAGACGAAGAACCAGGAUCAAGGGUUUAUCCAGUAUUGCCAAGCCCAACAUAUGUGGAUGCUGGAAUUGAAGAUGAUGAUACUGAGGAUCAAUACACAGAAGGACCACAUGAUCUUGUAGAUAACAUUGAUGAACAUGAGCCCAUUACGACAUACAGUCCGUGAAGAAUGGGACCCAGCAAUAAUCAUAAUGUCCAGAAGUAAUUAUGAUAUUUUGUCUUUUAUAAUCAUGUAAAAUAUGGUGUGACAUAAAGUAAGUUUGUCCUUUUAUAAUCAUAAAAAAGGAGUGAUGUGAGAUAAAGUUGUCAUAAUGUAACCAGGGAUAAGAUUCCUUCUUAUCUCUUAGUAGUGCGGUCCACGUGUCUGUAUUCAAGUAGCUUGUUUAAAGUUGUUUGUCUCGUUGUAAUGAUGGAUAAGAUUCUUUCUUAUCCUCCUCUACCCAAGAGCCCCUAUAUAUAGAGGACUCUCCCAUUGUAAGAAGACAAAGGAAGUUAAUCUUUCAAUAUAACCAUUGUAAGAUAUUCACCAUGAAUAUCUUCCAAGUGUACCAAAAAGUAAUUGUCAGAUGCGUGCCAAGCACGUGCAGAAAGUGUUGAGACUUGAGAGCAAUGGGGCGAUUGGGCGGUGCCCGUCUGGUAGCGCUUGAUGAAUUGACAAAAUUACCCUCUUCAUGCGCUCUGAUUGGCUAAGAAGUAAGAACCCCUUCCUUCGUCUUAAAAGAUAUAUAUUUGGUGCGAGAGUGACGUGGCAAGUUGUGCGCUGCCGGCUGUGGGUGCGUCACUGCUUACUACUCUCUCCUCUUUCCUCCCAAAGCCUAACAAACUACUCCUCUUCACGUUUUCCAGCACGCGAGCGGUUCUCUCUUCACUCUUCACUUCUUCUUCUUCCUCCUCCAGCGUAGCUCCACCUCUCGUUCGUUUUUCACCAGAUCGCGGUGAUGUUUAUGCUCAGCUUUUCUCAUCGCCGCGAUCUCUACGUUGGCUGGCUGUAUGAUCACAACAAUGGUGAGGAUCUUACCUUCACAUGUCAGUGGUUUCGUCUAUUAAUGGUGGUUCAGUGUAUUGAGUCUCUGGCUGGCUUAGUUGGAGACUGAUAGGUGCAAGUAAGUCAUAUCCAUUUCCGAUAGUGUAUGGAGGAUUGGAUGCUGCAUUUUCUCCAUUUGUACUCCUUGCUUCAUAAUUUUCCCAUUUCUUAACCAACUGGAUUUUUUGGUGGCCAAAAAACGCAUGAUUCUUUGACUUUUCCAAAAGCUGAAAAAUAAAUGGGUUGGGGGGAGCGGUUGUACUAAACUUUAGGGGAUUGACCAAAAAACAAAAACUUUGGGGAAGAGCCAUGCAGAAAAUUACCGAUGUUACCAACUAAUAACUCCUUCAAGUAAUGAGCUAAUAAGAAAUUCACAAUGCUACACGGAUGGCUUAUUGUGAUCCUUCAUGAAAGAAUCCGGUUAAAAAUGUCCAAUGAGAAAUGAAAACACAAAUUUAAGAUGCAUACGGUGAUGGAUGUUUCGGUUGACUAAAGCACCUUUACAAACCACUAGCACAUGCAAGUAACUACUGAAAAAAUCAAACUAUUAAAGUAAAUUGACGAAUGAGGCCACAUAAUUCAUCGAGAGCUUCCGACCGAAUACGUACGCAACGACCGCUAACUCAACAGUCACAAAGUUGACACCGGUGGAGGGACGGAACACAACGUCAAUAUACUGCACAGUUGUCCGGCAUGAUAUUUUAUUUCUCCAACUCAUAAAGGUCAUGUAAACUCCACAAAGGCGGGAACUAAGAAAGGUUAUAGUACUUACAUGCGGGAGGUCUCCAUCAUCCAUGAAGCCCGGUGCACCCACUCGGUAAAAGAGAAGGACUCCCUUAUCACCGUGGGCACGAAUGGUGUAUCGACUGGAAUCAUUGGCAGAAACGAACUCUAGCCGCCGCUAUAAAAAAUUUGUCAAAUGAAUUCGGGAAACAAAGAAGCAUUAGCUCGUGAUAAAAAAAUCUAUAGAUGUAAAAAACCUCGAAAUAAAACAGUGUUCCAGUGAGAGACCAACAGUAAGUCCUUGCAGCAUUGCUACCUUGAGUGGUUGUUGCUUAACAGUGCUAGACUGUGAUGCAGGCCUUGUACCCUUUUUGUAGUCAGAAUUUUUUGCAUGUUCAAGGUUUGUGUUUACAGCAUUCAUCCCAGCGCCGAUCUUAGCUAUAAUAGCAUCAACAUCGUUAGUAACAGCCACCGCGUCGACAUCCUCACAAGCCAGCUUCGGCUUUUGGUGAGACUCCUUCUUUUGCUUCUUUGUGUCGUGCACAACAAUACCUUUACUUGAACCAUACCUCUCCUGGUGCGUUAGCGGCCUUUCUCGUCCUUUUGCAUAUUCUGACCAUAGUAUCUCCAGUAGGGUUUCGUGACCAUCAACCGUACACUUAAGCUUUUUAAUCUCCUCUGCCUGAGUCUUAACAAAAUCUGAAAACCCAAAGAAAACAAGUUUCUUAAAAAAUAUAGACACAGAGUUGAAAGAUAACAUCAACUAAAGAGAUCCAUUUGGAAAUGAUCGUUAUGCAACCCACCUCACGCACUUUGUCAAACAUGUCGACGAUAAGAUCAUCCGAUGUGGAAAAUACCUCCUCAGUCACAGCCGGCAUCUGCUUUGCCUCUUCCACACCGGAGUCAUCUUUCAAAGUCAUAUGAGGACCCCUAACAUUCAGUAGAGUAGCCUUCCCCUUGAUCGGAGCAGACUGUUGUCAGAAUUGCCUUGACCCAGUUGAAUCAAUAUAUAAACAUUGCAACUUGCCAACAGCGGAACCUAAACCUAACAACAACUAACCAACACAAGUCUCUAAAAUGAAAAAAUAAAAUUUACAACUAACUAAGAUAAGAAAGCAAUAAUAACAACUCAAAUGAACAACAAUAAACAUAAAAAUCUCAAAUUGUAUUAAAGAAAAAUGGAAACUCAACCCGUGUUCCUAAGCUAAAAAUAGUAAAAAAAUAAAACAAUAGACUAAUAAUAAAAACCGGGUAACCUCAGAUGGUAGGAGCUGAUAAUAUAAACAAUACUCAACUAAAACAGGAUCAAAAACUAAAAUUAGAGGGAAGUUAAAUUAACGCACCCAAAAACCCUAAAACAGGAUCAAAACCUACUUGAUCCGUGCUUCGAAUGCUUCAGAAAUGAUUUCGAUCGGACCUAAAAUGAGAGUGAAAUUGCCAAAAAUGUGUUCGUUCAAGCGAAUCAGGUGCCAGAGGUCAUGUGUAUGCGCCUAUGAUGCGUACGCACGGAUUAAGGAUGAAGCGAAUGCACGACUUGGAAAAUUUAUAGUAUUUAUUUCGUCAUAAAUCAUCCGCAUUUGCAUGUUUUUUCUCUAACUUCCUAAGCCAUCAUAACCUUCUAAAACUUAUAUCACUUAAACAAACAUAUCAAUGUAUCGAAUGGAAUAAAAGUGAAUUAAAUUUUGCAAUUUUAAAUAUGAAACAUAUUUUCUUUUUAAAAAAUUAACCACAAUUAGAAGAAAAUUUACAAAAGCAUGCAAUCUCAAUGAAUAAGUGCAACAUAAGUUGUUAAAAUUUCCUCUUCUCAGAUAAAAAUUCUUCAUAGAAUUACGAAUUUAUCAGCAUGCUCUUAGUCUCAGUCAUUCAGGCCAAUUCAUGAUGAACCCAUUGGGUUUUGUUUUCUUUAGAGUGGUUUUCCAAAAUGGAAUGCCCGUGAUAUCUAAUUUUUCGUAUAUUUCUGUUGUUAAACUUCAAUUUAAUUUUCAACUAACUACAGUGCAAAAUAUUCUAUACAAUCAUGCAAUCACAUCCGUUCUUUAAGAUGACAUUCACGUUGUCACUUUAAAAAUGAGUUUUUUUUCUCCUGUAGCAUUACGUAAUUAAACGCACGUGCAAAACAACUAUACGCACAUCAAAAUUAGCUUCUAUUAAAUAUAUCAUCAAAAUUUUGUAUAAAUAUAUCUUUUAAUUUCAGGUAUGCUUAAAAGGAUUCUUUAUUAUUCUAUAUCCAAAUUUCUCCAUUCGAGCAUGUGC